AGCAUAGUAGGUAGAAAGAGUGAGUGGGAGGGAGAGGAGUUAUUCAAACGUGUGAGUGAGUUCAUCAAGUUUUAUUCAAACUUUGGCUUCUAAAUUUGUCAGGUGUGCUGCAGUCUAAAAUUAUACUCUUUAGUCUAUAGAUCUACAUUUUAGAACUAGAGAAAAUGGUUGAGGCAAAAGACAAGCUAUCGUCACACUGGUGGUGGUUGGAUAGUCAGAAGAAGGGAACUCCAACUCGCUCACCAUGGCUUCAAUCAACUCUAGCUGAACUAGAUGAUAAGACCGAGGCCAUGCUGAAGAUAGUUGAACAAGAUGCAGAUUCCUUCGCCCAAAGAGCAGAGAUGUAUUACAAGAAGCGACCACAGCUCAUUAACAUGAUUGAGGAUUUCUAUAGGACUCAUCGUUUGUUAGCUGAGAAGUAUGAUCAAAUCAAGUGUGAAUCUGGUACUCGCCUUGUGUCACCGUGGAUGUCCCCAUUGUCUUUAACCAAGUUUGCACCAAAAAAACUGAUGAGCGCCACUGAAAUAUCAUACGAUAGCUAUUCGGCCUUUGGCCCUGAGUCUGAGUUAUCAGAUAAUAUGUCUGAGGUCGAGGAUCCUGACUUAGAAGAAGAAGAAAUACAAACCCCUCGAUCAGAAAAAAUGGAAGUAUCAAGUGGCUUUCAUUUGAACAAUGAUGAAGUAGUGAAGCUGAGAGAAGAAAUUGAGAGGCUGAAAGAAGAGAGCAGAGUUCAGCAGGAGCUUCUAGUGCAGAAAGAUGAAGAGAAAAGAGAGGUCAUCAGGCAGCUCAGUUUAGCUAUGGAUUUGCUGAGGGAUGAAAACAUUAUGCUGAGGAAGAGUGCUACUAAGGCAUCGUCUCCAAAGAAGGAAAACAUCAUUGAGCUCAAGACAUUAAAAGAGGGGUUCCGGAAACCAUUAUCUCCGAAGAAUGAAAACAACAUUGAGCUCAAGACAUUCAAGGAGGGGUUCUGGAAGAGGCUCUUCAAUUGAUCUCCUUAGUCAGAGACUACAGUUGAUCAUUCCGCAGUCUAGUUGUUGUGCAAUAUUGCUUCAUUCUUUUUAGUCUUCUUGUUGUCCAGAAGCAGUGUAAUAUAUGUAGGAUUCGCAAGUACUCUUUCAUUUGCUGUUCAGUACUCCUAUGUUAUUCUUGAUGUUAUUAUUGGUCUGACCCGACAGUAUAGUGCUAUAUAUAAAGUAUUGAAUUUCAGUUCUAAA